CUUUUCUAUAUCAAUCACUUGAUUUCUUUUAGUUUAGAGAUCAAGUUUUGUUAGUUAUUGCUCUAUAGAAAUGGAAAUGGAGAUGACACACGAGGCGAAAAGCCGGGUUUUCUCAAGAGUGUUGAGUAGGCUUGAAAACUUAGUAGUGAAGUUAAAAGGGAAAUGUGUAGGGAUAGCUAAAAAUAUAAAGAAGAUAGCAAAAGAUGAUCCUAGAAGAGUUAUCCACUCCCUUAAAAUGGCACUUGCUCUCACAUUAGUUAGCUUGUUCUACUUUGUUAGACCUCUCUAUGAUGGCUUUGGUGUCUCUGGGAUGUGGGCUGUCUUAACUGUCGUCGUCGUUUUCGAGUUCAGUGUAGGUGCAACUAUAAGCAAGGGUAUAAAUAGAGGAUUUGCAACCUUAACGGCCGGUGCCCUAGGGGUUGGGGCUCAACACUUGGCCCUUCUCUUUGGGACAAAAGGAGAGCCAAUCGUCCUUGGCUUCUUGGUGUUCUUAUUAGCUGCAAUGUCGACAUUUACACGAUUCGUACCGAGUAUCAAGAGAAGAUAUGAUUAUGGCGUACUGAUAUUCAUAUUGACGUUCAGUUUAGUAGCAGUAUCAGGAUACAGAGUUGAUGUGAUAUUAGUAUUGGCUUACCAAAGAUUAUCGACCAUCAUAGUUGGUGGUGCGACUUGUAUGAUUGUCUCGGUUUUUAUUUGCCCCGUUUGGGCUGGCGAGGAUCUUCACAACCUUAUUGCUACCAAUAUCGAAAAUCUUGCCAACUUCAUGGAAGGGUUUGGAGAGGAUUAUUUUACGAUUCCUGAGAACGACAUGAUGAGCAUAAACUCCAAGAAAGAUGGCAAAGCAUACCUCCGAAGUCACAAAAGUGUACUUGCUUCUAAAACUAAUGAAGAAAAUUUGGCAAAUUUUGCUCGAUGGGAGCCAUGCCACGGCCAAUUUAGGCUCCACCAUCCUUGGAAACAAUACGUUAAAGUUGGAGCUCUUAGUCGACAAUGUGCUUACCACAUUGAAACUCUUUGUGGGUUUAUCAACACUGAAGUUAAGGCAUCAAUGGAAUUCCGGAGAAAAAUUAAUGAUCCAUGCUCAAGGAUGAGCAUGGAAUCGAGCAAGGCACUAAGGGCAAUGUCUUCAUCGAUUCGAAAAAUGGGUCACCCGAAACAAGUUAUGAUCCAUGUAGAGAACUCAAAACAAGCUGCCCAAGAACUCGAAAACGUACUCAAAACAAUGUUAUACGGACCGGAAUUAGAUAUCGUCAUUGCACUCGUCCCAGAUGCAACGGUUGCAUCUAUACUAGUUAAUAUCAUAACUUGUGUGGAGAAAAUAUCAGAAGCUGUUCAUGAACUUGCUAAGGUAGCUCAUUUCAAGGAAGUAGUUGACGCCACGGUUUCACCGGAGACGGCUAAACAACCGGUGAAACUUCACCGAGGUAUCGUGAAUCCGAUGUACGAUGACGGUGGUGAUCGGAAAGAGGCUGAUUAUCACGUGGAUGUAAUAGUAUGUGAUCAGAAAGCUCAAAAGGUUGUUAUUGGGGGUUGUACAGAAGGGAAGGUAGGGGUUGCUAAUAGUAAUGAGUGCUCAAAUAAUGUAAAUAAUACUAGUGUAGUUAACCCCCCACCUAUAAUAAUCACGUGCAUGUGAACCUCUUUUUUUUGUUGAGGCAUCCAUGCAUGAACGUGCUUACUAGCUAGCUUGUUUGAGUUGAGUUUACUCUUUUACGAAGUAUUUUCUUCAUCAUUUAUAAAUUUGGUUUAA